AUGAGUGUUGUCGCUGAUGAUCGUCUUAUCGAAGUUGCUCAAUCGGCCGAAUAUCAAUGGAACGGUGUUGCUCUAACAAACAAUAACCGAAUGUUUGUCUCAUUACCUCGUUUACUUGGCGAUGUAACUCCUUCCGUCGCUGAGAUAUUGUCUAAUAAUACUCUCUCACCAUUUCCUGGCGGUCAAUGGAACACAUACAAUCCGGCAACAUCAUCAGAAAACGUAGAAAAUUGUUUCGUUAAUGUAAACGCUGUUCUCACUGAUUCGCACAACAAUCUCUGGGUUGUUGAUAGUGGCAUGAUUGGGAAUAGAACGAUCGUAAAGGCCGCAAAACUUGUCAAGAUCAAUCUUCAAAAUAAUACAGUUGAAAGAGUUUAUUCAGUUUCAAGUCUGAAUCCACCACAAGGAUUUGCUUUAAAUGAUGUGAGAAUCGGUUCUCAUUAUGCUUUUCUAACUGAAUCCGGACUCGGUUCAGUAGUUAUUAUUAAUUUACAAACUGGUCAAGUGCGCCGUGUUCUAGAAAACCAUCCAUCAACUAAAUUUGUUGAUCCAACUGUCGUUCGCAUGGAAGGACGCCCGAUUCUAGAUGAAAAGGGCCAACCGAAAACAAUGCACAACAACCAACUCGAACUAACACCUGACGGAAAAACUCUGUUCUAUAAACCACCGUUUGGUUAUAAUUGGUUUCGAGUAUCUACUAGUGAUUUGACAAAUGAAACAAUGACCGAAUCAGAACUUGGAAACAAGGUUUUGACCAGUUGGAAAGCGAUGCCUACAGGCGGAACAACAAUGGACGAUAAAGGUAAUAUUUACCUGAUGGAUAUAGAACGACAAACUGUUUGGCAACAAAAUUCUGUUGAUGGAUCGUGGACACUACUUAUACAUGAUGAUAGAAUCAACUGGGGUGAUGCAUCAUAUGUAAGUACAGAUGGAUUUUUGUACAUCCCAAUGUCACAAAUCAAUCGCUUGCCGGGUUCUAACAACGGUACAAGUCAAGUCGAAAAACCAUUUCGUAUGUACAAAAUAAAAAUAAAUUCAGCUUCUUCUGGCACCACAAAUGUACCAAUUCUCAUUCUUUUAUCAAUAAGUUCUUUUAUCAUUUUUUUGAUGCAAUAA